AUGCAUGAGUUCCCAUCACAUGUUCCCACACAAGACGACAACUUCAAGUCCAGCGCACGUUCUUCUGGAAGGAAGGAACCGACGGGUUGUCCGGACAGUGAAUUGUAUCGUAGACGAGUUGAAAUAAUUGCGGAGGGGAUUCCAAUGGGAUUUCGGCACGGUAGCGAGUCAAAAGUUGAAGGCAACGUUACGCGAAGACGUUGGGAUCCAUUCCAUGAACGGAUAGGAGGAGAAGAGUAG